CCUGCGUACUCCUUCUUCUUCUUUCUCUCUGGUCCAUAAGCAAUUAACCUUAGAAAGAACCGAUAUGGUGCUAACAGAUCAUUAUAAGGUUCUUGAUUUACCAUCGGGCGAUGAAGGCGCUAAGCUUACAGAGCAAGAGAUUACAAAGAGAUACAAAGCAAAGGCUUUGCUCUUGCAUCCAGACAAGAGGCCAGACUAUCCCCUCGCCGGCGCCGAGUUCCAACAGCUCAAGGAGUCCUAUGAGGUACUCAAGGACCCAGAAUCCCGGAAAAAGUUUCACGCUCUUUUACGCCUCGAUAAGAUAACAUUAGGUGAGGUGUUCAUCUGGGCUACUGGUUUUUCAUGUUUCGUGGUGGGGGGUUUGGCGGCUGCUGGUACAGUGUGUGCAGUAAAUGGGACCUGUAGCCUUGUUAAGAAUGUAUGUGUGGGAACUGCGGAUUCAAUAGGCUGGGCAUGCGAUUCUGUGACGAGGGUUAUCAGAAAUAAAGAACCAGAAAAUAAUAUCGAGGAAUGGGAGAUGAUUUAACAGCAGAUAUAGCACGAACUGAGUGCAGCAAUGUUACGGGAAUGUGAGAGGUAAAAAUAUGUGAAGUCAGAGAGAUGAAUUGUGUAGCAGUAUUAGGUUUGUUUUGCCUUUAGACAUGAUAUUAGCCAAAUCGAUCUCUGGUUCCAGUCUCAGAAUCCUUUGGCCAAAGGAUUGAAUUUUCAUUAUCUCAAUAUUCUAUAUGGACUGAAUUACUUUUUAUGCAU